AUGGCUGUUGGUCGAAUCGGCUUCGCUUUGAAGAUGGACCUAUGGAAGGCCGCUGUGGACGAAAUGCGUGAAGACGUGGUUGUGUGUCCUCUACUUCUGGCAUGGUGGACGCUGACGGUGCUCGCGGCACCACUAUGGAUUUGGCCACUGCUGUUGAAUUUGAUUCUGUGGCUGUUCGCAUGGAGACUGGGCGGGUUGGGUUUCCGAGAAGCACACAAAGUGCAACGGCGGCUUUAUGUCGACGAGGAUGGUGUUGCGAGCAAGGACUUGGUGAAGGAAGCGUUUAAAACACAACUCAGCAUUAUGCAGCUUACGGAGACGUUGAACGAAGCUGCUUCACAAGUGGAGAAGUUGAAGUUUGUUUUCGGGCUGGAAGACCGAUGUCUGUCCAGCCUUUGCUUCGUGCUUGCGCUUUUGGGAUCGCUGGUGCUCUGCGUUUUAGCCGCCAUCCUCUACUGGCUGGUGCAGUCUGGGGUCUGGAGGUACAUCCUCUGGCUCCCGGGAAGCUGUGUACUGAUGCCGAAGGCAUUGCGAUCACCCACCUUCCAGUUCGUGCAGAGACUGGAAAAGCUGAGACUGGAGUUCAUGGGCGACGAUCUGGACAGGCUGAAGGACGAGAUCACGAGGAUCCAGCACUCCUUGACCUCGGUAACUUCGGAGUUCGAGGAGCACAAGCGAGCGUCCACUUCCACGCACAACAAGCUUCAGUCUCAGGUUUGGUCAAUCGAGGAAUUUCGCAAGGCUCAGGAGGCCGCGUCGCCUUCCCACCAUUCGCAGAAAUCUUACCAGCCCUUAGUGGCUAUGACGGCCUCACAGGGGUCGCUCUACCCCGGAACAGGGUCCGUCAAUGUUCCUCAACCCAUCAGCAUCAUCAACGCGUCGUCGCCCAGGAGGUCGCCGUCUUUGCCUCAACCUGUUUCGCCUCAUUCUCUGUCGGGUUCUAUCGUUCCGAGCAUGUCAGGAGCACUGGUGCCAAACACAGUGAGGAGUUCAAACCUCGCAAAGGCAGCACCAACUGUAGUAUCCCAGACAGUUCCGUGCGGAGCUCGGUGA